GCACCUCCCAGAGCUCCACCCCCUGCCGGUCAGAUAGGAUCGCGCUGGCUCUACUCGGGGUCAAAGGGAAGCUUUGAAAAAGUCAAACAAAACCAGGCGGCGAACAUUCUUCUUCCAUCAUACUCCGGAGCUUCUGGUAGAAGUUUCUGGCUCCAUAAAACGAAAAGAAGGUUAAGCUGAAACCAUUCCUCAGCUUCCAAGAUGUCGCCACCCAAAUUGCAUGCGCUUUUCUGCCUCUGCAGCUGCCUCACACUGGCUCAUCCUUUUGACUGGCAAGACCUAAACCCUGUUGCACAUAUUAGAUCAUCAGCAUGGGUCAAUAAAAUACAAGCUCUGAUGGCUGCUGCAAGUGUAGGCCAAACUAAAAUUCCCAGAGGAAAUGGAUCUUAUUCUGUCGGGUGUACAGACUUGAUGUUUGAUUAUACUAAUAAGGGCACCUUCUUGCGUUUGUAUUAUCCAUCCCAAGAGGAGGACUACUCUGACACCCUUUGGAUCCCAAACAAAGAAUAUUUUUUUGGUCUUAGUAAAUUUCUUGGAACACACUGGCUUAUGGGCAAAAUAUUGAGCUUCUUUUUUGGUUCAAUGACAACUCCUGCAAACUGGAAUUCCCCUCUGAGGACUGGAGAAAAAUAUCCACUAAUAGUUUUUUCUCAUGGUCUUGGAGCAUUCCGGACAAUUUAUUCUGCUAUUGGCAUUGAUCUUGCAUCUCACGGGUUCAUAGUUGCUGCUGUAGAACACAGAGAUGGAUCUGCAUCUGCGACUUACUACUUCAAGGACCAGUCUGCUGUAGAAAUAGGGAACAAGUCUUGGCUCUACCUUAAAACCCUCAGACCAGGGGACCAGGAGGUGCCUCUUCGAAAUGAGCAGGUGCACCAAAGGGCAAAGGAGUGUUCCCAAGCUCUCGAUUUGAUUCUGGACAUUGAUUGCGGAAGGCCCGUGAAGAAUGUGUUAGAUGUCGAGUUUAAUGUGGAACAGCUGAAGGACUCUAUUGACAGGAAUAAAUUGGCGGUAAUUGGACACUCUUUUGGUGGAGCUACAGUUAUUCAGACUCUUAGUGAAGACCAGAGAUUCAGGUGCGGCAUUGCCUUGGAUGCAUGGAUGCUUCCACUGGGUGAUGAAGUAUAUUCCAGAGUUCCUCAGCCUCUCUUUUUUAUCAACUCAGAACGGUUCCAAUAUCCUGCUAAUAUCAUGAAAAUGAAAAAUUUGUACUUACCUGGCAAAGAAAGAAAAAUGAUUACAAUCAGGGGUACAGUCCAUCAGAAUUUUGUUGACUUCACUUUUGCAACUGGCAAAAUAAUUGGAUACAUAUUCACUUUAAAAGGAGAUAUCGAUUCAAAUGUAGCAAUUGAUCUUAGUAACAAAGCUUCAUUAGCUUUCUUACAAAAGCAUUUAGGACUGCAGAAAGAUUUUGAUCAGUGGGAUUCUUUAAUUGAAGGAGAAGAUGAUAAUCUUAUUCCAGGGACCAACAUUGACACAACCAACCAACCUGUCACUCUACAGAACUCUACAGGAAUAGAGAAAUAGAAUUUGGAUCAAGAGCACUUUUUUAAAAGUCUUGUUUAAAAGCUGUAUAAAAGUGUGUGUGUGAUUUCAAUGUAUUUUCUCAAAUAGUGCUUUGUAAAAAAUGUAUACUGUAUCAUAAUAGUGAUUGAAGCUUGUUCUAGAAUUUUUUCCUUUAAAUGUAAAGAAAGACUGCUGUAUAUAACAAUCAAACCAGCCUAAAUUUUUAUUUUACUAAAACGAUAAUACUUUUUUAGCGUCAAAUUGAUAACUAUUUUUACAUUCUUUUAGUGGACAAGUAUAUCAAAACAGGCACAAUGCUAAUGAAAACAUGUUGCAGUGACAUAACACUCCCGAAAAAUACAAUAAAUACAGAUUUUCUUGCCUCUCUA